AUGACGCCGCUACACCACGGAUCCUCACUUUUUCCUUCGCUUCCUCAAUCUUCCCCAAAAUCUGUUUCAUUUGGCCAACAACUGCAGCAGCAAGCAAGCGUGGGAGUAAAAAACACGACGCACCAUUCAAAUGCGCGAUCACUUGCCGGCGUCACCUAUAGGUCCACGGGGACCGGCGUAUUAACAAGCGCAAGUGACAAUACCAGGAAUUAUAAAAUUUCUGAUCACUUCAAAGGGGACUCCUCUCGCUAUUCCUCUUCCACCUGCAGUAGCACCACUUACACAAACGUCCCUUUCGACGCUGAUGUUUCGCCAUAUGACGAAAAUGAACAACAUUUUACAGAGCUGAUGAACGACCGGAUUGAACGAGCCUACGGAAAACUGCCGAAAAACGUUGCUACAGGCAUUCUUCUAUCUAUACCAGCAACCCGAGAACUAUUUGCAAGUCCUUCUAGCAGUAAUAACGUUUGUUCAGAAAGAAUAAGUCCAAGCAACAUUCCGGAUUUGAAGAUGUCUUCGACUGGAAAAAGGAAUCGACGUUCACGUCAACAAACAAAAGUCCAAAGUCAAAAGAACUCUACAAAGACCACCACCACAAUAGCCCCUAUGCUUUCGGAACAACUUGGAUUUGCUGCACAAAUGGGCAAAGCCAAGAAAGAAACAGUUGCUGGAAUGAAGUUGGCAUCUGAAAAUGGGCUUGUUUUUAAAAGCCAGUUACAGGACAAGGAAUACGUCUUUUUAAAUGCCGCCGAAUUCGGAGAGGUGGAAAUUGUUCGGGAAUUACUAAAUGAUCCAACUUUGAAUGUUGACUGUGUGGAUUACAUGGGAAGAAAUGCAGUUCUUUUGGCAAUGAAAACGGAAAAUAUCGAAUUAAUUGACGCAUUAGUUGGAAAACUCAAUUUCUACGCCGUAGAAGAUGCACUUUUGAAUGCUAUCAGCCAGGAGAAAAUACAUAUAGUAAAACUUAUAAUUGACCACCCUCAGUACAUUCGCAUGGAAAAGAUUAUGGCACCUCGCAGGCAGCGAGCUGGCAUAAUUAAUAAGAGCAUCGAAAGGUCCCAAUUCUCCUCUGACAUUACCCCCUUAAUGCUCGCAGCUCACACAAACAACCAUGAAAUCAUUCAACUUCUCCUAGAUCGUGGACUAAAGGUUGAAAUGCCACACGACAGGAGUUGUCCUUGUUGGGACUGUGAGUCAAUUAGAGCUAAGGACUCCCUUAUCCUUGAAAUGCAGCGCCUCCACACCUACCAGGCAUUGACCAGUUCGGCGUACCUUGCGCUGACCACUUCCGACCCCGUGAGCUCUGCCUUCACUCUCCGGGGCGAGCUCUAUCAACUGGCUUCACAGGAAAAGCAAUUUAAGGAAGAGUAUUCUCGCCUAGCGGUGCAGUCGAUGGACUUCGCCGUAAGCUGUCUCGACUUGUGUCGGACGUCGGAUGAAGUUCUUUCUCUACUAACCGCUAAUGACAUUAUUCCUAAUGGAGAUGCCCAAUACCAUCUUGCCACAAUAAAGCAUGCCGUUCAAUGUCGAGAAAAAAAGUUUGUCGCUCACUCAAACUGCCAACAUCAAUUAGAAAACACCUUCUACGGCAACAUGUUCUGCAUUCGAGAUUUCGAGGGGUGGCAGCGGCUCCAAUUCUUCAUAAUUUUUACACCACUUUUGCCCGUUCUCUACCUGACUUACCUAUUUUUCCCCAACCUCAAGGUUCCUCUGCCGCAGGGUUUAAUGUUUCGUCAGACAUCAACUGGAAGACUGCAGGUGGCUCAGUUGUUGCGGUGCCCGAUUAUCAAAUUCAUUGGUCACAUGCUGUCCUACUUUACAUUCCUGCUGCUCAUAACGGUGGCAACUUUCCGAUUGGACAAAGACGAUGACGAGGCCGAGCAUCCGGAUCUGUGGAAGGUGCGCGCCUUUCAAAUCUGGAGCUAUGACUUUCGAAGUAGCCAACAGGUCAUGACAAAGAUCCAGAUCAUUCUCCUCUUCUGGAUACUAGGGCAGCUUUUUGGCGAGUGUAAGCAGGUCUACCACUAUGGCUUGCAAGAUUACUUUCGGAGUUAUUACAACAUUAUGGAUUGGGCUUCAGUGUCGCUGUACUUGGGCGCAUUCGCCUUGCGGAUUUUCGUAGAACUCAGGGUUCAAGCAACCCAGGGGAUAUUUCAGCAUCAGCUCACCUUCGCUCAGUCCCUCCUUCAGAAUGCAAGCAAUACAAUAGCAGAAAGCGGAGCGUCAGUUUUGUUCACUGAUCAACAAAGCAAUUACGUCGCUUAUCGGAAUCGUCUAUUAUCUGAGGCCGAGGCAUAUUGGCUACGAGGAUGCAGACUUUGGUGGGCACCGGAUGACCCCGAAUACGUAUCGGACUGCCUGUUUGCGCUGGCGAACGUACUCUCCUUUGCAAGGGUCAGCUACUUGAUGCCGGCCUGGGAACUUCUCGGCCCUUUGCAAAUCUCACUGGCGAGAAUGGUGUCCGACAUCAUCAGAUUUAUGGCUCUGUUUUCUGUGAUGUUGAUUUCCUUUGUGGUGGGCCUUACGAACCUGUACUGGUAUUUUGCCAAAAUGAUCGUUUCCAUAGAUACCAAACGAGGAACCACAUCUGCAGCCCCUGCCACCGUGCGGUACGCAAGUGUGGUUCCUGCAUUUCAGAGUUCAACUGCGACGUUCUACACCCUUUUUUGGUCACUCUUUGGAAUGUCUUCAAAUAACGUGACAAUAGUGGAGGAGGAGUUGGCCAGUGUGUAUCCAGGACACGAAUUUCUUCGUGUGAACAAUGCUGCCUUCAUGAUAUCAAGUCUGGGUUCCUUUCUCUAUGCCAUCUACAACGCCUGCAUGAUUAUCAUUCUUCUUAACAUGCUCAUCGCCAUGAUGAGCAAAUCAUUUGAUGAAAUUCAGGGGGAUCGCUUGGAGGAGUGGAAAUUCGCCCGAGCAAAUCUUUGGUUGGUAUAUAUUGAGCACGAGGGAGUGCUUCCAGCACCGCUAAAUCUCCUUCCAUCGCGAGUCGCUAUAACUAAAUUGAUCCUACGGACCUACAAGGCUCUUCUCACUUGCAUUGCCAAGAUGUCCGGAAGACAAAGAUUGCAUGACUAUUUCGGAAAAGAUGACCAAACAUUUAGCUUUGCGAAUUCCUUUCCCGUCGAAAUGUCAACUCUUCAAUCAACUAAAGAAACCUUCUAUGAAAGUCAACCACCGGAAACUAAAAAGCUGGAAUGUCUAGAAACACAUCUGACACGCGUAAAAUGUAACAUCAUGAGGCGAUACCUUUUCCAGCUUCAAAAACACAAAGAAGCAGAGAACAAGUCCGGAGAUCUGGCAAUGCUGAACAUACAACGGCAACAGCAGCAGCAGCAGGAACUCCGAGUGACACCACUUAGUCCCACAGCACUGCAAAAGAGAUGCGCCUCAACCAGUGAGUAUGGGCAAAGAUCAUACGCCAAAUGUUCCGAUGGGCACGUGAUUCACGGAGCUCCGAUGGCUACUGAUGUUUCUAAUGGCGAAGUUGUUGAAAAUGCUAAAGCAAGGGAUGGAUACCCCUUAAAUGAAACCAUGCCACGAGAAGAAUCUGCAUUUUCGAGUUCUUUGGCAAAAAGCUGUAAGAGGGGAUUCAGUUCCCUACUCAUGCCUCCUUCGGUUCGACGAAAAUUAGAGGAAGUUGCUGAGGUUCAGGGACGCACGAACCCUUACACUCCAGCAAGUCCACAGGACGCCGAAGAUGCUGUUCGUUAUCUUCUACUGGAGACUACCUGUCGACCACAGGAGAUGCCAGAAAGUACAUCGGUCAAUUCACAAAUGCUCAACAAAUCGAAUCGGAGAUACGAUCCAAAUAGUUUUGAUAGUCAGUUUACAGCACGAAUUGAACCACCACUUCAGCACACUCACCUAAGAGAAUUAUACAAGGUUGAACAGGAAAUGCACGACAUGUCGGAUGCAUUGUCAUCGAUCUCAUUCACCGAUUCUACCAUGUCUGAGGUAGAUGAGCUUGAAAUACCAACAUUCAGUAAAUUUGAUGAUGCUUAA